AUGUAUUGGACCACCGCUUUUUCUGCCGCUCUGAGUCUGUCUGCCGUAGCAGAUGCGGCUACAGUUGGUCAUCUCCGGCCUCGACAUGAGAGGUGUCCAUCCAUCAACGGAAGCUUUUCCUUCGAUAUCUUUCAGCUAUAUCCUGAGAAUUCAGCUUUCGAUCCAGUCCGAUGUAAGUUCUACUUGAGUUCAAUUUACAACGCAUCGAUUGUGGGUUUUGACCUAUUUACUGCCGACCAUCAAGUUCUGACCUUUCCGGGGAUUACUCAUACCAAGCCUUAUCACAUGGCAGGCGUUGAUUAUGAUGUUCACAGUGGCGCUAUGUUCUUUACCGCAACAAGUGGUCUUGCAUUCGAAACUAACGGCGGAGAUCUUUCUGGUCCGCAAAAGGUGACCAAGUGGGAUACAACAGCAAUGGAAGCAGUCUAUAUCGCAGACCUGGCACCUUUCCAGGAACAGUACGAAAGUGCCUUUGGACAUGUCACUGCUGGAUUCCAGGACAUUGCUGAGGAUAGCAAUGGCAACAGCUAUGCUCAGCAAGCUAUGGCGGCUAUAGUAUUGCUAAAAUCGCUCCUAAUGGUACGGUAACACCAUUUUUCAUGUCAAACAAAACGGCAAAGAACGCGACAUCGCCAUACCUCUACUUUGGCCUAGUCUUUCUACCUUCACCAAGCAAGCUCCUUAUCAGCGAUGGCCAGCGAGGCACUUUCGUCACUUUUGACACAAAAUCUCAUUCUCCUGUUCCGACACCCAUCACGAUCUCGAACGUGCCAUCGAACUAUACAUCCGUCCUCUGCGAUGCUAUCAUCACUCCUGCCCGCUAUCCCCAUCAGCGUAUUGUUCUUUGCGCCGAGUAUUACUUAGGUGGUAGUGGGGCCAUCACAGUUUUCUCGAGUAAAGACGAUUGGACAAGUGCCGAGUAUCUUGGUGCUGUUUACAACACAGACUCACGUACCAAGGGAUUUUCAACAACAACCGCCGUUGAGAUAGCGAACUCUAUAUAUCUCUCUUCAAUGUCGUUCUCAGAUGGCCUCUCUUAUGAUACAGUUGGAAACAGGUCAAGUUUUCCCAUGAUUGAUAUCACGCAACAAGUGGAUACUCUAGUGGGAGCUGACUUCUGCUGA